AUGUCUUAUGCAAGUUACAACACAGUUGAUCAAUAUUCAAGUCCAAGUGUUGGUUCUUCAGACUUACCAAUAGAUAUGGCAGAAGGAAAUGAAGCAAAUGUAGACCUAAUUGGGUUAGAAUGUGAUGCUGGAAAGGAUGUUACUAAGGAAGUUGAAGAAGUGGAAGGGGACUGUGAACCAUAUAAAAAAAAGCAAAGGAAAAAAUUUUCAAUUAUUUGGCAGGAAAUGACAUUGGUCAAACUUGAGAAUGGUGAGGAAAGAGUGCAAUGCAAUCACUGCAACUACAAAUUGAAAAAGCAAAAGGAUGGGACAACCACACAAUACAAAAGACAUUUAGAUUGUUGCAUAAAACGCAAGAUAAAUCUAUCUGGGCAAAGGAACAUUUGUGUACUUCCAUCAACACAAAAAUCAGAAAGUGUUAAUGGUGUUCAAAGUUGGAAGUAUGAUCAAGCGAGGAUAAGGGAAGUUAUAUCUCACAUGAUCAUGGUUCAUGAAUUGCCAUUUUCCUUUGUUGAGUAUGACCUCUUCAACAUAGUCAUGCAAACUGCAAGUCCAUAUUAUGAGCGAAUUAGUCGAACAACAACCACAAAAGAUUGUUGGUCAACUUAUGAGAUAGAGAAGAAACGAGUACAAGGAUUGUUGAAAUUAGUUGACAAAAUUAGCAUCACAACUGACAUAUGGACAUCAAACCAGAACAUCCAAUACAUGGUGAUAACUGCUCAUUUUGUAGACUUGGAUAGUAAGUUGCAGAAAAGAGUUUUGAACUUUGUUGAAGUUCUUCCUCCACAUACUGGUACAUGUGUUUGUGAUGCAAUAUACAAAUGCUUGCAAGAAUGGAGUAUUGAAGAGAAAGUGUGGACAAUCACGGUGGAUAAUGCCUCAUAUAAUGAUUCAGCUGUGAGGUUGUUACAUGACUCUCUUUCUUUCCAUACAAAUUUGCCACUUGAUGAUGGUCUUUCUGAGAUUAAGUCUAUCAUUGAAAAUGUGAGAGAUAGUGUCAAGUACAUUAGUGCCUCACCUCAACGAUUGCAUAGUUUUAAUGAGAUUUGCAAACAGCUUCAAGUGCCUAGCAAGAAGUUGAUUUUAGAUUGCUGCACUAGGUGGAAUGCAACAUUUGUUAUGUUGUCCUGUGCUUUGGAUUUUAAGCAAGUAUUCCCCCGAUAUCAACUUCGAGAUCCGAAUUAUAAUUGCUUGCCUUUUGAUGAUGAUUGGCAAAGAGUUGAGGAGAUAUGCUCUUUAUUGGUGCAUUUCAAUGAAGUUACACAAAUUAUCUCAGGUUCUGAAUAUCCAACAUCAAAUUUGUUCCUUCCUGAACUAUAUAACAUCAAAGAAAUCUUAUGUCAAAAGUCUGUAAGUGUAGAACCUUGGAUGAAAAACAUGGCCCAAAGAAUGCAGCAGAAGUUUGACAAAUAUUGGGGUAGUAGCAAUCUAUUGCUUUCUAUUGCUGCUGUUUUAGAUCCUAGGAAUAAAAUGACAUUUAUUGAAUUUUCUUUUCCAGUCAUUUAUUCUGAGUAUGAAGCUACUAGACAAAUUGCUAUUGUUCAUGAUUCUUUGUAUGAGUUAUACAAGAUAUAUUUGGAUAAAUAUGCAGCAACUUCAAAGGAAAAUGAUUUUCAAGCAAUGGAUACUUCUGAAAAUUGUGUUGCUACUACUACAUGGAAAGGGAAGGGGCUAGUCGUUGAAACAGGGAGAUCAAAGUUUGAGAAGUUUGUGAGGAAUGUUGAAACUGUCCAAAAUGUGAAGUCUGAACUAGAUACUUAUUUACAGGAUGGUGUGUUUAUUUGUGAAGGAGAUUCUACCAAAUUUAAUGCAUUGGAUUGGUGGAAGUCAAACAAUCUAAAGUUUAAAGUGUUAUCAAAGAUGGCAUGUGAAAUCUUAUCAAUUCCAAUUACUACGGUUGCUUCAGAGUCAACAUUUAGUGCUGGUGGUAGAGUUAUUGACACAUAUCGGGCAUCUCUAGGGACAAAUACUGUUCAGAUGCUACUUUGUGGAAGUGAUUGGUUGCGUAACUUAUACAAUCUGAAAAGGAAAGUAAAAUGUACUAAAGAUGUGAAGACUAUAUCACUAGAAUGA